GAUCUCUCCAAAAGGACACCUCCGCUUUGACAGGGCCCAGGCUAAUCAAUAACACAUACAGUAGUAAUAAAUCUGCCCUAUGGAGGAGACACUGUGUCGGUCCCCUGGGAACAAACACAUUUUCGGCCUUUCUCUCUCUCACGAUAAUUCACUCAAUUACACCACCACCACCACCCUGGUUCCCUGCGCACCUCUAUGGACCUUGCGCGAGUAUCUACGACCGAGAAGCAUUGACACUGAGAGCCCGGUCUCACCCAAUCCCAAGCAGUCGGCUAUCCAUACUUGCGCGUGCGGAUCAACCUCGCCGCCGGGAGGCAGGCACUCACAUACACGAUGAAGUGGCCAGGUCUACUGCCAUUGCUGCUCGCAGUCGCGCCCGGCACCGCCUUCAAGCGCGAUUACGAUGCACAUGAUUACUACGCCGUCGAACUUCAAAGGAAUGUAGAUCCCCAAUCCGUUUCCGACCAGCUCGGACUUCACUACGAAGGGCCCCUGGGAGAGCUGCCCGACCACCACAUAUUCCGCACGGCUGAACGCCAACACGAUUACGAUCACAUCAGAUCCGAGAAAGAAGCGCUGAGAAUGAGACGGAGGAAGAGGGAGGCCGGGUCGGAGGAACCGCAUUUCCUCGAUGACAUCCUAUUUACUGAGAAACAAGAUUUGAGCAAGAGGUUCCCGCUCGUGAAGCGGGGUUUCAUGCCCGUGGAAGAGAGGGCACUCGACGGUCUCUCUCUGGCUGACGUGCCGAGCGUUUCGGCCGUGGCCGAGGGCCUCGUGAUCGCGAAACAGCUUGGUAUCGCGGAUCCUAUCUUCCAGGAUCAAUGGCAUCUACACAACUCGAUCCAGAUUGGACACGACAUCAAUGUCACCGGCGUGUGGUUGCAAGGCAUCACCGGCAAGAACUCGACGGUAUGCAUUGUCGAUGACGGUCUGGACAUGGACAGUGACGAUCUCCGGGACAAUUAUUUCGCUCAAGGCAGCUAUGACUUCAACGACCAGGUCAAGGAUCCGAAGCCGCGACUGUCAGAUGACAGGCAUGGGACGAGAUGUGCUGGCGAAAUCGGUGCGGUCCGGAACGACGUCUGCGGCGUCGGCGUCGCCUACGACAGCAAGGUCGCCGGAGUUCGUAUCCUCUCCAAGGCCAUUUCGGAUGCGGAUGAGGCGCUCGCGAUGAACUAUGCGUUCCAGGAGAACCAGAUCUAUUCUUGCUCCUGGGGACCGCCAGACGAUGGCAGAGCCAUGGACCGACCCGGUAUCCUGAUCCGAAGAGCGAUGCUCAAUGGUAUCCAGAACGGUCGAGGCGGUCGCGGAAGCAUCUACGUGUUUGCUAUCGGCAACGGAGCUGCGAACGACGACAAUUGCAAUUUCGACGGAUACACCAACAGCAUCUAUUCGGUCUCGGUGGGCGGCAUCGACCGGAAAGGACUGCAUCCGUACUACAGCGAGAAAUGCUCAGCGCAGCUCGUGGUCACCUAUUCCUCCGGCUCCGGCGAUGCCAUCCACACCACCGAUGUGGGCAAGGACAACUGUUACGCCAGCCAUGGCGGGACCUCCGCUGCUGGACCUUUGGUUGCUGGAAUCUAUGCGCUCAUGCUCGAGGUCAACCCGAGCCUCGGCUGGCGUGACUUGCAAUGGCUGACCGUCAUCACGGCUGUCCGGAUUGACCAAGAGAGCGACUGGCAGCUGAACAAGCCGAUGAACAAAGAAUUCAGCCAUCAGUUUGGGUACGGCAAAGCCGACGCCUACGCUCUGGUCGAGGCUGCCAAGACCUGGAUCAACGUCAAGCCCCAAGCCUGGUACUUCAGCCCCUGGCUCCACGUCCGAACGGAUAUCCCACAGGGUGAUCGGGGGUUGGUGUCGCAUUUCACCAUCACGGAGGACAUGUUGACGAAAUCGAACUUCGAACGCCUGGAGCACGUGACCGUCACGAUGAACGUCGAGCACACCCGCCGUGGCGAUUUGUCCGUCGAGCUUCACAGCCCCAGCGGCAUGAUUAGCCACAUCGCGACCCACCGCCGCAACGAUGGAGCGCACUCGGGAUACCAGGAUUGGACAUUCAUGAGUGUGGCUCACUGGGGCGAGUCGGGUGUCGGCACAUGGACCGUUGUGGUCAAGGACACCAACAUCAACGAAUACCGUGGCGCCUGGGUCGAUUGGCGUCUGAAGCUGUGGGGAGAAUGCCUCAACGCGGACAACCAGCCGCUCCUCCCGAUGCCCACGGAGCACGACGAUGACGACCACGAUGACGACCACCCGGAGGGCGCGCAUACCCAGACCGCCACCGUGGGCACGACUUCCGUCGCCGUGCCCACGGAGACAGGCCUGCCUGCUGGGAACCCCUCCGACCACAUCGACCGUCCCUCCAAGCCCCAGGUCACGGACGAAGCCACCGCCGUCCCGACGACAACCGCCGCGGCCACCACGUCGGAGACCGCACCUCCACCCCCCGCCCUGACCCAGCCGGCCGUCGCGGACGAAGAGGAGAAAGGACCCGCCCCGGUCCCCACCACCCCGGCCUCCUCGUCCUCCGACAACCUCUUCCCGCACCCCUUCCCGACCUUCGGCGUCAGCAAAGGCACCCAGAAGUGGGUCUACGGCUCCAUCGUGCUCAUCUUCAUCUUCCUGAUCGCGCUCUGCGCCUUCUGGGUCUACAUGCGCCGCAAGAAGCGCUGGAUGAGCCGCGACGACUACGGCUUCGAGAUGAUCGACCACGACGACCACGACGACCCCUCCGGCGGGGCCGCCGCCGCCGGGAAGGCCGGCAAGGGCAGGCGGCAGCGCGCCGGGGAACUGUACGACGCCUUCGCGGAGGGAUCCGACGACGAGGCCGAGCCGUUCGACCUCGGGGAGGACUCCGAGGAGGAAGGCGACGGCGACGACGAUGAUGAGGAAGGGGACUCCCGGACGGGGGAGAAGCGGGCAGAUGAGCGGUACCGGGACCGUGAGCCGCUGAGGCAGGGGACGGAUGUCGAAUAGGGCGGUCGCGAGAGGGUAAUAUGAUGAGGGGGCGCGGCGAUCUUCGCAUCGAUCAGGGACCGCUUAUUUUCCGGUCCCGGCUGUAUUUUGCAUACUCAUGUAACCUUCUGGAGCAUCAGGAAGGCCUCGCUUGGAUUGGACCUUGGAUCCCCAAGCGAUCCGAUCACUUAAUCUGUUUGACAACUCUACCACGUCGUCCCCCUUCCUUUCCGCCGGUCGGUUCAACGCCACCGCUUAAUGAUAGAGACCGCGAUCCAAAACCCUAUCACAAAUAAUAUUCUAAUGGGGCUUGGUCCUGCACAUCGCGAUUCGCACUCUCUGAAGUCAAGGCGCACAGUUCGGGUGCCGAGGCUUUCUUACCUAGGUGUGAAACCAUGAAUCUGUCCAUCACGGAAGGAGCAGCAAUCAGCUGCAGACAUCAAGCUCCUUCGUGUCUUAGUAACUUGAUAUCCGGUGAACUCUACGAGGAACGCG